AUGAUAAAGAAAACAGUUAGUGAAGCAAUUAAUAAAGGGUGUUUCGUGAUGAAGAAAACAUAGCGACCGCAUGGACCUUUCCAUAUGGAUGUAAAAACCCAAAUUUAUCCACGGAUAUACGGAGUGAUUUAUCUAAACAUGCCAUAUCUCAGGUACUAUUGAUGAGAUUUUCCAGGAUAGCAGAGUUACCUAAGAAUAACGUGAAACUAGUCGGACGGUUACAAAUGCUGCUACUACCAAAAAUAAAAAUAUGCAGGUCCAAGCACGGCAUUUUCAUGAUACUUUACAUGCUCUCACCACAACUCUGCAUUACGUAUAGGUACAUAAAGCAUACAUGGGUAUAUCACACAAUAAAAUAUCAAGUCUGAACCUACAUCCCACCUUUUUGCAUUUCAAGGUGGUGAAGAGGAUCAAAUUUUGUGGACUUGCGUACUUAAUGCCGUUUUCCUUUUAAGCAGAACUCGUGUUGUUAUACAUCAGUUGGCAGACUUACAUCAUUAGAGAAAUUAUCGAAUCAGUGAAUAUUUCAUUUGUAUCAGUUGUCUUUUUCUGUGGAAUAAUAAUGAAUUCGAUGUGUAAAUUACAGUUUGUUGAAUUCAAGAAAAACAAAGAAAUAAAUGAAACUGACUUUUAAAUAUUUAACUUAGAAGGCCUUGAUUUGGAUGAAAUGAAAAAUAGUUGAAAAAAUUUAGUGGUGUUCUAGAUUUGUUUUACCGUUUGACAAUGUUAAUGGUACUCUUUGAUGAGAUGGCUAUCGAGCAACGUUUAAAAAAAAAAUAAUAUUACCUGAGAUAUGAGGGAUUUGGUGAGUAGUAAAUUUGUGUAUCCGCAAAAAAUCAAUUUAGAACAUUUUUACUUCAUCAUCUAUACUACCUACAUUAUACUACGUCUAUUUUCUCAUAUAGCACUCUGUAUACCAAAAAUUUGACUCUUUUAGCAGGACAUAUGGUCUCCCCAAGAUGCUUUGCGGAUAGAUAG